AUGCCUCCUUUCGUGUUCAUCGACAAGCCAUCUGUAGAGGACGAAUCCGUGCGCCUUCGCAAGGAGUUUGCGACCCUCGUUGACAAGCUGGACGCAACAAUCAAGACCAUUCCGGAUGACAGACCAGAGUUGAUGCAAGAGAAGCGGGACUGGAAUGCGCAAUGGGAUGCGUUAUCUGCUGCGUUCAGUGCUUGCUUUGCUGCUGCGCAGAAGCGAGGGUUGCAGCUGUCCUUGUCCACAGCUGAUACCACUUUGGUGAAGAGCGGCAAUGUGACCUACGCAAUGCAUGAGUGUCAAUUCGCGGAGAAGUUGCAGGACGAUGCGGAGAAAAUGGACGUGGUUUUGGGCGAUGCUGGGGGUGGGGAGGAGGAUGCGGAUGGGGAGCCUGAGGUUGCGAGCGCCACAGUGGUGACGUCUGCCAAACGUGCGCGUAAGGCGAAGAAGCCCGCAGAAGCUGAUGAGCCACGCGUGUCGAAAUCUGGUGCUCGUGCGGUCGUCCCGGGUGCUAAGGUUGACCACGUUCUUCCUUGUGGCAAUUGCAAGGGCGUGACCAGCCUUGCAGUGGUUCGCGGGGCAUCCACUAAGAAGGCCCCGUCCGCAACUCCUGUUGCUGGUGGAUCUCGCCUAUCCGCGCCUGGUUCCAUUCGUCGUACCGUCUCCUCUCCGGAACGCCAGAUACUCGAGGGAAAGAAGCUGGCAGUAGAGGACGAUGUUGGUGAUGCGGAGGAUCUGGAGGAGUUGCACGAGAUGCGCCAGGUGCGUGCGCAGCUCAUGCAAGCCUAUAGCAUGAUCUUCGAGGCCACCCUUGCGCUCGACAAGCAGGAGCAGCGCAUCCUCAAGAAGCGUGCUGCCCGCAAGUAA